AUGCCGCCAGGACAUGGCUGGGUCAACAUGGCUCUGGGAAUUGGACAGCACGGCGAGCAUAUACCGCAUGCUGAGUACAUCGACGCCCUCCAGAACCUUCCUGGCGAUGCACGUUUCAUCGACCCUGAGCCUCAGAAUGCGAAUUUUGCAGCUCCGCAUCGUCCGAAUCCGCCAGAGAGGAAUGCACCGAAUGACCGUCUUCAGCAUGCCGCACCUCCCGCACCUCCAAAUCCUCAGCCAGCUCCAAGGAACAAUUUUCAGCAUCGUGCACCAGCAGUUGUGGCGCCUCUGAACCGACAUCAUCCACCUAAUGCUUACGGUGCGCCUCUCGCUCCCCAGCCUGACCCAUAUCAGCACCUCUACGGGUACGGUCAAUACGGAGCACAACCGGUACCCCAGUAUCAGUACGGCUAUCAAGCUAUGCAAGGCGGCCCUAUCGCUCAUUACCCUAAUCACCCCAACGGUCUCCCCGCUGCACACUACUAUAUGGCUCCUCCUCCUGCAGCUCAAGGUCCUACUCAGCAACUGUCGCACCUACUGUACCCAUUCGCCAGACGCCAAAUGCGCACAUUGGUGGAGGAAGUACUCUUCGUAGCUCGUGCUUUAAUAUCUCGAAAGCCCGUUCAAACAUCCUUCCAAUUCCAAACUGAUAUAGUCUAUGAUGACUUCCGGAGCCGCUGCCUUGCCAAGUUCGACGAUCCGGCCGCGCAGCUCGCAUACAAAAUCACGGACGAUCCAAAACGGCCGGACCCUUUUGAGCUCAUCGACGCUUCUCAGUUCCAGGACGCGAUGAAACGACUCAAUCGGAAGUGUGCAAGUGCUACCAGCCGAGAACAGGAAAUCUUCAUAUUCAAUGUUCGACCGGGUGCUGAACAGUCAACUGGUGCCAAACCAUCGACGUCGCUGGGAACUACCAAGCGUUCCCGUCAGGACGCUAUGAUUCCCGGUCCUUUGACCAUUCCAGAGAGUUUGACGGAGUUCGAGAAGGGGCUCUGGCGGUCACUUAACAAACACUUACGCUGUGAGAAGCACCAGCAUACCUGCAUCAUCGACACAAAGGGUGGCAAGACACUUCAUAUCCCGGUAUCCUACGACAUCAAGGAACUAUGGAUUUCAUUUAUAAAGCGUCAAAAGGCCACCGUUUUCCGACCGCCGCACGCCGUAGAGGUCGAGCUUCUCAAGCUGAAGAAGAAGGCUUGGUCAGCCCGAGAAGCCGCCGCCAGUCACACGAGUAGUGAAGAAACGGGAACGCGAAUCAUCUCUGAGGUCCAUCUCAACAUCAACGGCCAAAAACUCGAUGUCCAACAACCAGCUACGCCAUCAUCAAGCAAGAAAAGGUCUCACCGCUCUUUUGGAAGCCCCCUGUCCCCGAACUCAAAGCGCCUUCGUCAAUCGACACUUUCCCCCAGCUCACGCCGUCGUUGCUUUCCGGAUUCUCACAAAGCCUCAUCGUCCCGUCCUCCUCUGCGUGCGCCACAGUUUGACGAGUCCGUCUCGCCUCCAUCCCCCUCUAUCAAUCCUCGACUCUAUCCCACAAUUCACGAUGCUCUCGUUGAACUGGACAUACUGAAGCCCGGUGCUGGAUAUCUUCUUUUCGAGGACAUUCUCAAGGCCAAUGGCAUCUAUUACAUCAAUGACCUCAACAUCCUUAACCCCACGGAGCUUGCUGGCCACAUCGACAUUCCGAUCGUUCAACUCGGUGCUAUUUGCGAGCAUGGGAGGGUAGGAACGGCGAAGGUUGAUGCAGAAGUUGCAGCGGUCGAUGUUGAGCAGCGUAGAACGGAUUGGUCGGAGGAGAUUUUCAGAGACAAGGAAAACUAUCGCAUGGACCCCGACAGUGUGUAUGGGGAUGAAGACGGAGAGAUUGAGGGUGAGGGCGAGGGUGCAGAUGAUGAUGAAGGCGAUGAUGAUGAUGGUAGCUGGGGCGAAGUUGAUUUUUUAGGUCGAGGAGCAGAAAAUGGCUACGUUAGCGAUGGCGAAGGUCUUGGAGAAGAGUGUACAUGA